UAAUCUGGAGACAAGUGUGUUCGUGUUCUUCUGAUAUUCAAGGAGAAGCAAUUAUUUGAGUGACCGUAGUGCGCUUCCAUAACAACUUCACGGCGUACGGCAGCCAUAUUGAGUUUUUAAGUCAAGGAAAUCUUGUGCAACGCUCACACUAUUCCUCAUUCACCAAGGUCAAGCAGCACUGGAUGUGGGAGGAUCUCUAACACAUGGGACUGUUGCGCGGGUGUGCAAAAGCUGAGACAUGGCUGGACUUAUAAACUUUGAAGAUGAAAAUGAAGUAAAGCAGUUUUUGGAUAACUUGGGAGUGGAAUACAGUUUUCAGUGCUACAAAGAGAAGGACCCUGAAGGGUGCCAAAGGCUUGCCGACUAUUUGGAAGGAGUGAAGAAAAACUAUGAUUCUGCAGCACAUGUACUCAAACACAAUUGUGAGACUAAUGGACAUGGAGAGAGCUGCUAUAAACUGGGAGCUUACCAUGUCACAGGCAAAGGUGGAGUUACAGAGUGUCUGAAGACGGCUUACUCCUGCUUUUUGCGCUCCUGCAACACUGGUGGAAAGAAGUCUGUAGAUGCCUGCCAUAACGUUGGUCUGUUGAGCCAUGAUGGGCGAGCCAUGGAGGGAGGGCCCGACCUAGCAGUAGCUCGACAGUACUAUGAGAAAGCCUGUAAUGGCGGCUUUGCUCCCUCCUGCUUUAACCUCAGUGCCUUGUUCAUUGAGGGCAAUUCUAAAGGCAUGGCACCAAAUAUGACUCUGGCUUUAAAAUAUGCCAACAAGGCUUGUGAGCUGGGACAUGUGUGGGGCUGCGCCAAUGCAAGCCGGAUGUACAAACUCGGGGACGGUACAGAGAAGGAUGAGAAUAAGGCAGAGGAGCUGAAGAAUCGAGCAAGACAGCUGCAUGGUUUAGAAAAGGAGCGGCAGCUUAAAUUUGGGGAGUGAUAAACUUGAAUAAAUAAUCACUGUUUGGUUCAUUUUGAUGUUUUGUUUGCUUGAUCAAACAAAACCUAAAAAGGACCUCAGCGAUUCAAAGGUUGGUGAUGUAUUAGUUUUAAAGUAAUAUGAUGAAGUGUUUUGCCUGUAAAUGGUAAGAAUUUGGAACAGGCUUUUAUUUGUAGUGCUUCAAAAAGGUAAACGCAAUAAAUUAAUCUCAAACGA